AACGAAAUUGCACGAGCUCCACCGAUCAUUAAUAGACCACAAACCGACACCUACCGAAGCUCUCCAGAUAAUGCCGAUUCGUAACACCAUUGAAGUCCCUUUAUUUGACGGGUUGGGGGUGAGGGAGAGGGGGCGAUAUUAAGAAGAAAAAAAACGAAUUUAGCAGAAAACCCUACUUCCUGUACCCCGCCCGUUCCAUCUGCUGCUUUCGGAUCCAAGCCUGUCUGAAAGAGAUUCAAUCAAGAUGAAAAUAAUUGGUGUUGCCGUGUUUGGAGCCGUGUUCUGCACUGUUCUGACUGCAUCCCUAAAAGUCAAAGAAGAACACAAGAUUGCUUUUUUCGGCGAGGAUGUGCACAUCCCACUCCCAUCCCUAGACAGCACUGAGGUUCUCUUCAAGCCCGCCUCCAACCCAACCGCCGAGGUGGUCCUGAUGAGGGACGGGCGGGUGGUGGGCCACCGGGCCCAGCUUAACUCCCUCAAGCACCUCAUCCUGGAGGAUGUGGGGGAGGAGGACGAGGGCAUGUACAUGAUCAAGAACACCGAGGUGCCUGCCGAUGUCAAACACAUCCUCCUCCUUGUCAGGGAUUGUGCGCUGGAGCAGGUGGUCAAGUACGGUGAGACAUACCACAUCCCACUCAGCGACAUCUUGGGCCCUAUCACCCUGGAGUUCAGGCCCAGUCAAGCCCAGGCCAAUCAGACCACGGAGCCACCGGCGGUGGUGCUGCUCAACCAGACUUCCAUCCCCGCGGAAGAGUACAAGGGCCGUCUGAGUGUCUCAGAGAAAAGGGUGACUCUAAGCAUGGUGCAGGGGACAGACGAAGGUAGCUUCACCGUACUGGACCGUGACGGGAAAGUCAGGAGGAGGUCAUGCCUUAACGUUAAAGAGCACCAGAACUUCGUCCACCUAUCAUAUGGCAGUACUUUGAAGAUCAACCUGUUUGUGGACCACACCAAAGUCAACCUCUUGUACACUCCAGACUGGGACCGGAAGGACCGGGUCAUACUGGAGCAAGGAGAGCUAGUGGUGCCGUUGGACCCAUCACUGGACGGCAGGCUGACUGUAGAAGGCCCCAUGUGCAUUCUGGAGAGGGUCCGGGUCAGUGACAUGGGGCUCUUCAGAGUGACAGACCUGUUGGGGUUCCCUGUGACCAACAUCUACCUGGAGGUAGAAGCUUAUAAGUUACCCACGCUGUAUGUUGCAAUCCUCUCCUUACUGGGCUUCCUGGUCCUCCUCUUGCUGGUGUGCCUGUUCUCCUGCCUGACCAAUGUGCGCCGUCGGGCGGAGAAGGCGAGGCAAAUUGCCCUCAUCGCCCAGCAGGCGGACAAGGGGGAUGGAGACGCAUUCGUCAAGGUUGUUCAAGAGGCCUAUACGCGGUUCGCUGAGGAGUCCACUUUGACAUCUACGUGGGACAACAGCAAUGCUACAGAAAGCACUGAGGUCACUAUUAAGGGUCUGGAGGUAUCUAAAGCAGGCCGCUACCACACUCUCUCCUCGGACAAGAACUUCCUGGAGAUGAGCGACUCGGGGGUAGAGUUCAAUUCCUCCGGCCUCCCGUUAGACAGCGAAUACGAGACGGACAUGCCCCAGACCUUCACCUCCCACAAGCUGCUCCUCAACAACUCUGACAGCGUGGCCGCCACCGUCAUCCCAGAGGGAGACCAAAGCGCCAACUGGACCCCCGACUCGGCCAUGAGCCCCAGCCCCGUGACCCAGGCCCGCUCUGAGGCCGACGCCCCUGAGGAAGACCUGAUGGGUGACAGCACGCCAGAAAUGGCAUCCAGGGGCGCCGAGCUGGCUGGAGGACUUGAGGCAGCCGACAGUGUUGCUGAGCCUGCCGAUAAAGCUAGCAGCCCAUUGAUUCCCAGUGCCACCGCAGAGAACACCACCACCUGAGAGCUCCUGCAUUGUAUUCCUAAAAGUCAGACACAAACCACCGGACACCCUAACAAUCUUUACACUUCAGCCUCAAUUACUCUCCCACUCACUCACACAGACACUACCCAAAUCCUGAUCACUGCUUUUUUAACCUAAAGCUACAAAAAAAAUACUUGUUGUAAAAAUUGCCAGUCUAAAUGCACUAGACUUUCUAAAGAAAAAAAAUACAAGAACUUAGCUCAUUAGAACACAUUAAUUCUGUGCAUACGGGAAAUGCAUGUGUAACGGAGUUAAGCACAUACCGUAAGCUCACUCCACAGCUAGGUGGAAAUGUCGCGGAUGGAGCCAUCCAAUUGGUACCUUUUGGGUGGCUCAACCCGUUGGAAUGUUGUCAAGGAGGGCGGUCACGUGUGUGGUGAAGCAGAGGAUCACUGGAUCGAGCCCAGUAUGUGGCAGUUGGACUGUGGAGGAAGCUAAGCUGUUAACAGCACACUGACCCCCGUUACACAUGUUUCUAAAUUAGACUUAAAGCCGGGAUGUAUCCUUAGCUGGCCCAAGAGGGAAUUGAUAGUAUUAAUUACUGCGUACUGCAUGCAUUCCUAAGAACCACAGACUCAGAGAUAAUAAGAUAACUUGGUGGACUAAGGGAAAAUGCAUUAAGAUCAAAAGGAAUGAGUGCACACUGAUAUCAAAGUAAAAAAUGUUUUAAAUAAUCCUGUAAAAAUGUAUCCCAGAUUUCCUAUAAUGGCAAAAAUGAUGACAUUUCUGACAGAGCUACAAUAUAUUUAAUCCAUCUUUCUUAUUAGCAUUGAAUGUUCCUACCACUGAUACUGUAUGUGGGGCCAUAGACAUAGCAGCAAAAUGUAUGACAUAGGGCCAGGGUAAUAGACCAACUUAAUUUUACAAAUAAAAUUGUAAUACUAGACUAACAAAACCAAUAAAGACAAUUUUCUAAAAAAUAAAAAUCUUGGUAAAUAACGCUUCUGACAACCAUAAGCCCACAGUUUCUGACAUAGGCGCUACACCGCUACAAUUUCAUUACAUAAAGAGAGACACUAUUAACAGAAAUUACAGGCAAGGCACAAGGCUUUGGCACCAACUCAGAGAAAGCGCUUGUCUCAGCAUAUAGCCUCUAUAGAAUACCAGAGUUGGAGAGCUAAUUCUUGAUAACUGAUUCAAGCCUCGUAGAUUGAAUAACGCCAUGCUAUGCAAGAAAGCUUGUAGUGUCCCUGGGCAUGUAACAAGGUGUCCAAUCUCUGCCACUUUUGAUGACAUCAUCCAGUAAAGCACAUGUUUACUACAUCCCUCAUCUUGCCAACACAAAUGACCCGGAACUAAUACAACGGCAACUUCACAUCAUGCCAUUUUGAACCCAUCUACAUAAGGGCAUGUUUCUCAUUACAACCCCAGCCACUGCAGAACAAGCCUUGGAACAGGGACUUCUGGUUGGAAGGGACCUGAACGUUUGGAUCGUUGCCCUUAAAUGAAGACAGACUCAGGAGUGAUUGUGGAGGAAUAAGAUGAUGAGGCAGACCUAUUGACAAUGAAUGACCUGCAUGAUGCCACCCUUCCUUCCUUUUAAACAUUUUUAGUAUCCAAUUGGUAGUUACAGUCUUGUCUCAUCGCUGCAACUCCCGUAUGGACUCGGGAGAGGCGAAGUUCGAGAGCCGUGCGUCCUCCGAAACACAACCCAACCAAGCCGCACUGCUUCUUGACACAAUGCCCCCUUAACCCGGAAGCCAGCCGCACCAAUGUGUCAGAGGAAACACCGUACACCUGGCGACCGUGCACAGGGGUUGCUAGAGCGCGAUGGGACAAGGACAUCCUGGCCGGCCAAACCCUCCCCUAACCCGGACGACGCUGGGCCAAUUGUGCGCCGCCCCAUGGGUCUCCUGGUCGCGGUCGGCUGCGACAGAGCCUGGACUCGAAUCCAGAAUCUCUAGUGACACAGCUAGCACUGCGAUGCAGUACCUUAGACCACUGCACCACUCGAGAGGCCCCCUUUUUUUCAUUCCUAUUUUGCCUGACUACACGGCCCAAAAUGAACUGAGUGCUGAAUUGAUAAAUGCUAACGAUUAAGCCAACUUUCCUGACAGACUGAAAACACAUCGCUUGCUGAGAUUGGCGCGCCAACAAAGCCAGCAAGUUAUUAAGAUUCAAUGCCCUUGCUGCUGCAUUCAUCACGGUCUUUAUGGGAGAAGGUUUGCACAUUUCCUUUCAACACAAUAUGUGCUGUCAGAUUAAUUUAUUUGAACCAAACAUCCCACCCAGAAUCUCUAAACGAAUAACAGUCGCUACUUCAUCUCAAUUCAGUACAACAUUUUUUCAAACGCAUUGUAUUUCAGAUAGGUGAGGAUGCAUGACUUGAUUAUAAUAAAGCGGUAAAGUCACAAUGCAAAACAGAACAUGAUUCUUAAUCCAACAUCGUGAUUGCUGAACUGUUGAAAUUUCAAGAUGAUUGUAUUGUCUAAGUUCUAUGAGGAUUGUACUGUCAGAUAGGCCUAAUAUCCCGGAUCUAUUCGAUAUAUUCAGUCUGAACAGGAAAAACGCAGAACCGUUCGCCAACCGUUCAGAUAACAUCAGUGAGAGAUGUCUAUCUGUCCAUUUGCUGCAAAUAUACAUUGCAAUGACAUCCACCAUCAGUCUAUUUGCUUCAGUAACACUAUAUUAAUACACCCAUUACGUCAUCUGACAAACCAUUCCACUAAGGCUUCCCAUUGGUUUCAACUCUAGUCCAAUCAGGUUCUGCAUAUUAUUAACGAGGGCAUUCUGUAUGUCGAUAAUUGGUGUGUGUAUACAUGCUCAUGUUAAAAAGGUCAAAACAAAGGGAAUGAAGGGGUGUAACAGUCCCAGGCAUUUUGGGACGCGGCAUAGUUGAUGUUGGGGACAGCGUCUGCUAGCAAUAUCGCUACCUCGUGUUGUGACCGAUUUAGGAUGUCCGUGAGUGGAACUCAAUGGAGUAAGGCAGACAUGAUUGGUGUCUGAAAGAAAAAGCACAAAUAUAACAUGAGAAACAGUUAAAAGUAGAACAAAAAUGUUUAAAAAUGAAUUGAAUUGCAGCUAUUGUAAAUAACACUACCUACAAAAUAAAAAGUAUGAUUCUACAUUCCUUUUUUUGUUGAAAAUUAAGGUUAAAUUGUUUUUAAUACAACAUGAGAAUACUGGACGGCGUAAAUAAAUAUCUUACGUGUAAAUUCAUCAUAUAUGAUGCAGCUACUUGAUCGUUGAUAUUCUAUCGGCUAUUAUAUUGGUUUUGUAGAAGAUCAUUUUUUUUAUAGAUUUGUGUUCAAUUGGUGUUGAAUUUGCACUGAAUAUUUAGAAUUGGAUUAGGAUGGAUGUCAACUUUGACUAAAGACAAUGUAAAAGCCACCUUUAAAGCUAUUCCUUUCAUAUCAGGUAACAAGCUACUGAAUCCAUGGCCUGGUGAGGUACAUUUGACCCAUUUCUAUUUUAACUAAUUGAAGGGGGAUUGAUUUUUCAUUGAAUCUUGAGCAAUAUCUGCGCAUUAGCACCGAAAAAAAAGGAAAAAAGAUAAAUAUCUAAAAAAUAUGACCUUACAAAUAUUACCCAAAGCUCACUUUCAAGCACUCUUGUAUAUAGCCGAGAUAUAUUGCAUGUGUAUAGCCAAUACUGUUUCUUACUGCAAAGUUAUGCAAGAUUUUAUAUCCCUGAGUUGGGUAAUUUAUCCUUUCACUAUGUUCACAGUAGUUAUACGGAUACACGUAAUGUAGGAGAUGCCUUAGACUGAGUGAUCGAGGAGACAUAAUAGCAGUAAAAUGCCUAUUUUUCUGUCUCUCAUUCUCUUCUCUCUUUUGCAUCACACAUCAUCUACCUAGAGUAUCACACGAUAGUAUCCGCACCUCAGAAUGUUUUUUGGGAAAACGCUAGACAUGCUUGAACAUUUCAUAAGAACUCUUAGUAUCACGACUACUUUAACUAAUAUUACGCUUUUUUCUUCUUAUGCAGAUAACUGCUGUCAGCUAUAGUGUACCCCAAAACUGCUGCUGCAUGUUGAGCCGUAGGUUGCCUGUGAGACAGCAGGAAUACUGUAAUAUUUAAAUUGCAACGUAAAUACUAUCAUUUUGGUGUCUGUUCAUGCAGUCAAAGAGGUAUUCUCAUUGUCAAUAUUACUAUGGCUCAGACUGGAAUAAUGUACACGUCGCCCGCAAAAGCCAUUACAAAAUCACCUCUGCAAUUUUCACAAUGAUUCUAUUUCCUUAAUAUUGAUGUCAGCCAACAUGAUAUGUAAACAAAUGGUCACCCAGAGUUGAGAGUAAGUCUUGGAGUGACUUUAUGCUCUAUACAGGUAAAAUAUGUGGGAUUUCGGCAACAAAGUAUGACCAUUAGUUACAAAGUACGACCAUUCAUUAUAAGUAGUAUUUUGUAUUCAGCAAUAUAUGUCCAUUUUAUCUACUUCAGGGUUGAAUUCACAAGGCCGAAGUCCAUAGCUGAAUUCAGCUGAAUGGUAUACCUACCUGGCAGGUUUAUUUCAGGUACCUUGGUGGGAAAAGAUGUCAGAUGUAUUCAGGAAAACUGCUUCUGCAAAUGAAAUGAUGCAUGCUAACCUUGGUUGUUAUGAUUGCAUUUUAUUGUUUUGUUUCAUUUAAAAUUAAUUACUUUCCAAACUUGCCUGUUAGGUUUAAGUCCAGAAUUCAUACUGUUGGCUCUCUAGCUAUAUUAUCGUUGACUUUUAUAAUACUUCGCUAUCACGUACGAACAACUAUGCCCUUGUAUGCUAGAAUUAACCAUUUCAAAAAUGUUAUACUUUUGGCAUCAUGCACAGAAUUUUUUAAAAUAUGUUUUUUUCUGUAAUGAAUGAGCAAUGUCCAUUAAAGGAUUUUGAAGAGACAGAUGGAAAAGGA